AUGCUCCCUGGGUCUAUCCCUGUUACAAUAGUGCCGCAGAGAUGCCUAGGCCAGACCAGUACCCCUGUCGUGUACAAGGACCCGGAUACUGGUAUUGUGUUUGAUACUUGGACAGCGUCCGAUAAAGUUACAAAUAGUGGCCUUACACUUGGUCUUGCGCUUCCAAGCAAUGCACUCAAGACUGAUGCCAGCGAGUUUAUUGGCUACCUACAAUGUUCAUCUACAAAUACUACAGAUAUGGGGUGGUGUGGAAUUUCCCUUGGGGGCAAUAUGAUAAAUUCACUUCUCUUAAUGACCUAUCCGUAUAACCAGACAAUUUUCACAUCCUUCCGCUAUACGACCACCUAUGCCAAGCCAAGUGUAUACUCCGGAAAUGCUACAUUGACCCAAAUCUCCUCCAAGUUGAAUUUGACGCAUUAUACAUUGAUAUACAGGUGUCAAAACUGUUUAUUUUGGACUGAUGGCAGCCAAACGGGUAACGCCUCAACGAGUGCUGGAACAUUGGGGCUGAGGUGGGCACAAUCCAUUGCGGCUCCUAGCAACCGCGACUGCCCCGAUAAUAUCAAUUUCCGCGAACAUAGUGGCGAGCAUUUUUGUGGCUGA